ACAACAGAAAAAAUAAUUAUCCAUUUUGACUUAGUAGCAUAGAGCAGGUGUAGGCACAAGUGUAGGUCAGGCAUAAGGCUUUUCCAAGGAAGCCUAGUGAAUUAAUCGUAUAUUUUUUAUGUUAUCUGUAUUUUUACAUUUAUACCAAUAUUUAUUGUGAUGACAAAAGUAGCAGCACCGAAAACUUUGGUCGACGAUUUUACUUCACCAAUUUUGUUCUUCUAAUUAAUAGCAGUGUGUUAUGAAGUUGACGGAAUGUUAUUAUUAAGUUAUCGUCCUUAAACAGUGUAUAUACUUAUUUAAAUCGUUGUACAUAACAGAAGUCACUUAUUAGAUUGCGAUGUGAGCUGACAUGUCUUUAGAUGUUUGCUUUGUCGAUGUCCAAUGUAAUCGCGAAGAAAAUCUAAUUGUUAUGUAGGCUCAAUUGAGCAUUAAAGUAUAAAUAUACCACAAUGCCUGUUCAGCAAAUUAAUGUGAAAAACUCGUCGGAUAUUGAAAGUUGGGAAUGGGGAGGUGGAUGUGGUAGAGAAGUGAUACGGACGGGGUCAGGGAGCAGCCGCACGUCAUGUAGUAACUCCAGCGGAGAUAUUUGCCGCAUAUGCCACUGCGAGAGUGAGCCUCACAACCCUCUGCUAGCACCAUGUUAUUGUUCAGGAAGUUUGAAGUAUGUACAUCAGAGUUGUUUACAACAGUGGCUCACUGCUUCGGAGACGAGGUCUUGUGAACUCUGCAAAUUCAAUUUUAUCAUGCACACCAAAAUAAAGCCAUUUAAUGAGUGGCGUCUACUGGAGAUGUCGGGCGUGGAACGUCGCAGACUAUGCUGUGCAGUACUAUUCCACUGCGUGGCGGCUCUCUGCGUCAUGUGGUCACUCUUCGUACUUAUUGAGCGGGCCGUGGAGGAGGUCAAUCGAGGAAUGAUUGCAUGGCCAUUUUGGACAAAGUUGGUAGUAGUUGCUGUGGGGUUCACUGGCGGCGCCGUUUUUAUGUACAUACAAUGCCGACAGUAUCUCCAUCUUUGUAACCGUUGGCGAGCUCACAACAGAAUACUGUUAAUUCAAAACGCGCCCGAGAAAAUACCGAUCGGAGGCGGGUCGCCUCCGGUGCGGGUGAAGCGGCGCGAGCGCGCGGCGCGGGGGCAGGUGGUCGCCAACAUCGAGCCGCCGCCGCCGCCCGCCGCCUACCACGAGGAGGACGAGAGCGGCGGCUUCGAGACGUACCGCGGCAACCCGCACCGCCGCCUGUCGGGGCUGGCCGAGCCCGCGCCGGCGCCCGACGAGCGGCGCUACUCCGACACGCGCCUGCCCGCCGAGGUGAGUGCCGCGCCCGUGUACCACAUCAGCGUGGACCCGCUGGAGGCCGACAUCCGCUCGCUGCUGGCGCUGGAGGCGCGGCGCGAGGCGCGGGCGGCGCGCUCGCUGCCGUGCCUGCGCGCGAGCAGCGAGUCGCUGCUGCCGCCCGGCGCCCGCUCCGCGCCCGCGCCGCCCGCGCCGCCCGCCUCCUGAGGCCCGCUGCUGCUGUACCCCGACGACACGGUGUACUAGCGGCCCGCGCCUGCGACGACCAUCUGUAAAUACUGAUCAUCAUAAUAAUAGUACGUCGGAGCCGGCGAUCGCCGCCCGAUAGAUACUUAUUCCUUAUCCUUGCAUUUGUAUCAUAACGUCCAUGUGUGCAUAGCGUAAACAAAAUUAACUCCAUGUUUUUUCCGUGAUAGUAUCUAGGUAGUUAAGAUUUGACAGUAGACAGCUUGCAAAGUAUAAAAAUAGUGUAAUACUGAUGCCAGGGGUAACAUCAUGUACCUUGUAGAAAAUUCUCCAUAUACUUUAACUAACCAUAAAACAAUUCAUCUUCAAUGUAAGACUGUCAUUCCAAAAACUCUAUAAUAUAAACCUCCACGUUGCUGACGUCCAUUGGCUAAAUAUUACUGGUACAUAUUAGGUACUAGUAGUAACGAGUUAAUUACCCAAAUAUUAAAUCGAAACAUGAAUCGCAAAGCACGGAUGAGAGAACGGAACCGGUAUUUUAGCUCAGCAAGCGUUGAACUUGGAAACUCAAAUUACUCAAUCCUAUAAUGCUAGUACCAACAUCUGGCUUGUGUAUAAUUUGAGAAUAUCAGUUCCAAACAUUUUCAUGGGCCUUUGAAGAAGCUCAGGUACAAUACUAAGCACUCUCGCUAUGCUUUGCGAUAAUGGUUUCUAAUACUAAAUACCUACUUUAAUAAGCUUUACGUAUUUAGAAUCUUAAUCUGCUAGAAUAACCAAAUUAGAUACUGAGCUGACGAUAGAUAGUACUGUCAAAAAGAAAAGUGAGUUUUAAAUUUUCCAACGUUUAAAUGUAGCAUAUCUUACAAGCUUAUUCCAUAGGUAUGUGAAUAACGAGUAUGAAUUUAUGUAAUUGCGGUGUAAAGUAACCCUAAAUAUAUAGUAAAUUUUGCUUCUUCGCUCAAAAAGUUUUUUAAGGAUAGUUAUGGUUGAAAUCUUUAGAAUACAUGAGCCAGACCUAUCGUUAAAUCACAUUUUGUCAUAAGAGGUCAGUGUUUUUUACAUAAACAUUCGAAGAGCGAUUUUUUUGUCUCUUCAUCAUUGUAUUAUAUUCAUUAAGGUACAUCUGAAACUGAUGAUUGUAAAACGACUCUGAUCAGCAUAGGCAUGGGUUUGGAACAAAAGCCAAAAGAUUUUUAAAAUGCACGGUCAAGUUUGCUUACACUAUGAGCAUUUCAUUAUAUAGUCAGGGAACCUACACCGUCAUGUGGCACUUAAUUAUCUUUAAAAUACUAACACUUACAUAAAAUGAAAAUUCCCAAGCUUCAAAGCUUACAAUCUUACAAUAAAGCUUACAAAGGUAUGAUGGAUAACUCAGUACAUUUCGCCACCCUACUACCAAAAAGCAGUCAAGGGUGGAUAAUUUAGAAAGAACCGCCACAAUAUAUUUGGAAAUUCAUUAAGCAGAGAUAUCGAUAAAAAACAAUAGAUUACAUAGUUAUUCUUCUUUUCCGUGAGCAUACAUAACCGUGAAUUCAUACUCUUUUACUCUGUUCUAGAUUAAUUGUCAAAGUUUAUUUACUAUGAGAUCGAGUCGCGAGUCGAAGUAAAUUAUUUUUAGUUACUUAGAUUUUGAGAAGAUGAAUUAACAUAGGUGACCAAUUCACUGCCACUUAUAGAUGUAUAUUAUUAAUUCUAAUCUUGAUCAAUAGUGGCUUCUAAGUAAUGGUCAUCAAAAACCCGCUAAUGUCACGUACUGAUAGAUCAUCAAGUUGAUAGGUGGAGAAAAUAAAAUGUCCAAUUAAGUAAUAUUUUUUUUUAUUAAAACAUUUUAUUACACUUCAACUAGAAUACAAAUAAGAAAGUAUACCGGUGCGUCACAUUGGAUUGCAAAAUAAGUUUGAUAAAACAGUUUUUGGAGGAUUAUAAUAGCAUUUGGUCUCAUAAAUUCCUGUGAAAUUGUGGCGCAAGCACUUAACAAUAGAUUUGUAUAAACUUAAUUGUUAAUUAAAUCCAUAAUCUGUCUAAAUUAUCCUGUUAUUUUUGAUUUAGACUUUUUCAUAAUAUUUAUUUAUUAGAUAAUUUUGGGUAAAUAAAAUUGUAAUAGUACAGUGUAAUACAUAUACAGUAAAGAAUAGAAUCUCAAUAAACCAGACAAGUUGUAAGCUCUCUUUAUUCUGAGAUUAAUAACAAAAUGAAGUUUACUGGAACACUAGCAUACGUAUUUCAUUUUAUCGAAGACAUGCAUAAUUUUUGGCUAUUUUAUCCGAGCUUAAACGCGUUUAAGAUGUACUUGAAGAGAUAUUGCUGCUUCGCACUAAAUGUUGUUACAAAAUAACUUAGUCCACAAUUCAUUGUCACUGUACUUUAGAUUUGGUUUAUCUAGUCACUGCUGGGAACGCUUUCUGUGACUAAAUCAGUUAGAAUUUCACUGCCAUUGGAUUAAAGCUGCUUAGAAAAUCGUAGCUUUAUGUACUUGCUUUGCUGUCCAUACCAUGUAGUACACCAUACCUCUUCUUGAGUAAAUUAUUUAGUAACAUGUUUCGUGGCUUUCAGUCGUUAGGAAAAUUUCUCCCUAUUUCUACCACAUUUAAUUUUAUCCGAUUUAAGAUUAUCUAUCCGUCAUUCCCGCCGAUUGUUUUUGUAAUAUGAGAAAUACUACAAAAUGCUGUCACAUAAAAUUCAAUGUUAUUGCUUUGUUAAGUUUAUAAAAGUGCAAUAUUAGAUGUGUCCGAGCCUUUCUAGAGAAGCUCGACUAAACACUACCGGAUUACUGGCUUAACAAUGAAGAAAAUAAACUGCAAACAGGAACACAGUUUUGUGUUUAAGCUUCAUACUUUCAUCUCAGUUAUAUGUUUGGUAGGUACACUUCGUUGACAAUGUCGUUUAUUCGGCACUGCUUGUGCGAUUAGUUAAGGAAUUAUGUUAGCGUUGACUUGUUUUUAAUGUCUUAAUACACUGUAAAAUACAAUAAUCAUUGCCUCAUUAUGAACACAAACAUGACAUCGAUGGUUUCCAAGAUCCGUUUUGUGGUUGUCAACUAAUAAAAAUGUUAUGUCUUUCCCAAUUAAUAGAAACGUGCUAACUGUAUUGUAAUCUUAAAUAUUUGACUAUAAUUUUGGUCGUAAUCUUUGUAUAUCUUUGACUUUGUAAUUGUUGUAUAGUGAACUCAUUGAAAGUAUAAAAAUAUUAAUUUGUUUCCAAUGAAGUUCAAAAAUAAAAUUCAUGUUUGUUUAAGGUUUACCGUGGUGCCAUGUAUCAUGUAUCUUUUCUUUUGUACCUAACAAUUAAUCUAUUUUUCUCUCUAAUUAACCAUUUUUGUCAUCUAUAUGUCUGUCCUAUACAGCACUAGUGCUUUUGUUUUCGUACCAUUUUCAUACUUAGAUACUAAUAUAGGUUAAUCAGAAAUGUAUUCGUUUUGGUAGCCGAAAGUUGAAAUAGUUAAUAUAGUUAGCCUUGUAUUCAUUGUUACUUAAGUACGUAAUCGGUUAUAUUGGACAUGUGUACUACCGGUUAUUUAACAAGUUCAAAAUUAAACUGGAGUCUUUUAGUGAAUACAUUAAUUAAAAAGUAAACAUCGCUAAUUGAAAUUUUAGAUAGAUAGUGUUUAAAUAAAAUAGUUCGGACUUUGGUGCUAAUUAAAAAUGAAUAUCAGUCCAAAAAUUAGGUAACAUAUAUUUUAGUACGCCGUAAUGAGUUGUUGAAAUAUCAUAAAGUCAGCCCUCGGUUGGGUCGGUAUUUAUAACGACGUGUUCAUUUCCAGAGUUAAACACGCAUACUUACUGAUAGCAGUCACUGAGCAUGAUAUUAUUUUUGUAUGAUCUAUGAACAGACAAACCAGACAGUUCACUGUUACGGCAUACGAGAGUGCCAUAGCUAAGCAUUUUAUCUGAUUUCAAUAUUUUAGUAUCUGCCUUCAACAAACACCUUGAUUUACAUAAAUGACUUUUCAAUACAAAUCUGUACAAACUAGUCGUUUAUCUAGAUAUGUGUAUGUAUAUAAACUGCAUUUUUUUACUCCUCUUCUGUUUCUGUUAAUAUUGUAACACAAUCGUCUAUUUUGUCUCAAUUAUAUUAGCUACUUUACUCGUAUUAAUUCUUCAUUGUAUAUUGUAAAUUAAUUGUAUAAUGGCUAAAAAUAACUAAGGUAUGAUAAUGACCGGUCAGUCUGUGGUAAGUAAAAUAAUAAGUGAUGAUUUAUAGGGUGCUUGGAGAUGUAUCUUAAUGUUACAUGCAGGUUACGCACUUAAUUUCGUGUACUUACGUUGUGUUUACAUAUCACAUAUUAUCGAACAUUAAGGACUAACGCUCUUGUAAAUAUUUGCUUGAAAAAUUAUAAAUAUACGAUCUCAAAGGCUUGUAACAUGUAUCCAUCUCCAUGAGUGUCGCGUGCUACGAAAGCUUAUUCCAAAGAAUCUUUUCAAAAUUGAAAUAAAGUAGUGCCUUAUUUGAUGUUCCUUCAGUUUUGUUUUACGUACCCAAUUUGUGAUACAUCAUUUAACGGCUACUUGAAUUAACUUACUGGAUCGGAGUCAUAGCGAUUACUGCGUGAUAAGGUUGCACGUGCAGCGCACGUCGGCGGUGAUCGUCAAUGAUGUCCGAUGUGAACACAAUUUGUUUAAUUAGGUGUAGAUAAUUUUCUUAGCACGAGACGUCACCCUGUUGGUAUAAUGUGAUUGUGAUAUAAGUUAUUAGUGUUAUUUGUUUGCUCAAAAUUACUUUCUCCUUUCGAUCUGUGUACUUAUGGUUCAUGAAAUUUGUAAGACUGUAUUUUAUUUUGUUGUGUAAACAUCGUUAGUAAACUUCGGGUUAUGAAUAUAGUUAUUUUGAAAUUAA